ACCCGGACCUUUCAGAAUAAAGGCUCGACGUGUGCCUGUGUUUAACGAUUAAAACUACGUCACUUCCUGGUGGUGUGGUCCACGCCAUAAAAGUCAGAGGUUGCACAUUAAUCAGUUAUCUAACAAUUAAUUAAUUAAUUAGUCACAUUGUUAAACAAUCUGUCAGGUGAUUAAUCAUUAAGUAUUUAAUUGGGUAAUUAAUUAAGUUUUUAUUUCAUUGCUUUGAAGCAAAAGAAGAAAUAUUGACGAACGACGUGUUAGUGUCACAUAUCGUCAGCCUGGUCCUGGUCCUGGUCCUGGUCCUGGUCCUGGUCCUGUCCGUUGACCUGUCCCAUUCCUGAAUCCUGAACCUGUAAAGCUUUUAUAGUGAAGGUCCGCGGCGGAUUUGAGCGGUUCCUCUGCAGAGAAGAGGAGGAAGAGAAGGAGGAGCUGAAGGUCACAGCUGGAGCAUCUCCUCCAUCGUCUUCAUCUUCCUCUUCAUCGAUCAGCUAAUUUUUCUCUGGACGGAUCCUUGUCCUGGUGCGGGACGUGAGACACGAGCAGGAACAGACGGGUCCGUCUCCUCCUCCAUCUCCAGCCUCAGUCUCCGUCUCCUCCCUCCGCCUCUCCUCCGCCUCCCCUCCGCCUCUCCUCCGCCAUGGGGAACCGGGGGAUGGAGGAGCUGAUCCCGCUGGUGAACCAGCUCCAGGACGCCUUCUCCUCCAUCGGACAGAACUCGAGUCUCGACCUGCCGCAGAUCGCGGUGGUCGGAGGACAGAGCGCCGGGAAGAGCUCGGUCCUAGAGAACUUCGUGGGCAAAGACUUCCUCCCUCGUGGUUCAGGUAUCGUCACCCGGCGCCCCCUGGUGCUACAGCUCAUCAACUGCCCUACAGAGUACGCUGAGUUCCUUCACUGUAAAGGGAAGAAGUUCACAGACUUUGAUGAAGUUCGUCAGGAGAUUGAAGCUGAAACCGAUCGAGUGACGGGACAGAACAAAGGAAUCAGUCCAGUUCCCAUCAACCUGAGAGUCUACUCCCCCAACGUCCUGAACCUGACUCUGGUGGAUCUUCCUGGGAUGACCAAGGUCCCGGUAGGUGACCAGCCGGCCGACAUCGAGCACCAGAUUAGAGAUAUGCUCAUGCAGUUUGUGACCAAGGAGAACUGCCUCCUUCUGGCCGUGUCUCCAGCCAACUCCGACCUCGCCAACUCUGAUGCCCUGAAGAUUGCCAAGGAGGUUGACCCACAAGGUCUGAGGACCAUCGGUGUGAUCACCAAACUGGAUCUAAUGGAUGAAGGAACCGAUGCCAGAGACAUCCUGGAGAACAAACUGCUGCCGCUACGUAGAGGUUACAUCGGGGUGGUGAACCGCAGUCAGAAAGACAUUGACGGGAGGAAGGACAUCACAGCAGCUUUACAGGCUGAGAGGAAGUUCUUCCUGUCUCAUCCGUCGUACCGUCACCUGGCCGACCGCAUGGGCACCGCCUACUUACAGAAAGUCCUCAACCAGCAACUGACCAACCACAUCCGGGACACGUUACCGGGGUUACGGAGCAAACUGCAGAGCCAGCUGCUGUCCAUCGAGAAGGAGGUGGAGGAGUACAAGAACUUCAGGCCGGACGACCCAAGCCGCAAGACCAAGGCUCUGCUGCAGAUGGUGCAGCAGUUCGCCGUGGACUUUGAGAAGAGGAUCGAAGGAUCUGGAGACCAGGUGGACACAUACGAGCUGUCUGGAGGAGCCAAAAUCAACCGUGUCUUCCACGAACGCUUCCCCUUCGAGCUGGUCAAGCUGGAGGGUGACGACAAGACUCUCCGUAAGGAGAUCAGCUACGCUAUCAAGAACAUCCACGGAAUAAGGACGGGUCUGUUCACUCCUGACAUGGCGUUUGAGACGAUCGUGAAGCGUCAGAUCGCUCAGAUCAAAGAGCCCUGUCAGAAAUGUGUGGACAUGGUGAUCAAUGAACUGGUCAACACCGUGAGGCAGUGCACUCAGAGGUUGGCUCAGUAUCCGAUGCUCAGAGAGGAGAUGGAGAGAAUCGUCACUCAGCACAUCAGAGACCGAGAGAGUCGCACCAAAGACCAGGUGAUGUUACUGAUUGACAUCGAGUUGUCCUACGUCAACACAAACCACGAGGACUUUAUCGGCUUCGCAAAUGCUCAGCAGAAGAGCAGCCAGAUGAACAAGAAGAAGGCGGCAGGAAACCAGGACGAGAUCAUGGUGAUCCGUAAAGGCUGGCUCACCAUCAACAACAUCGGCAUCAUGAAGGGCGGAGCCAAAGAGUACUGGUUCGUCCUGACGGCGGAGACCCUGUCCUGGUACAAAGACGACGAGGAGAAGGAGAAGAAGUACAUGUUGCCUGUGGACAAUCUGAAACUGAAGGACAUCGAGAAGAGUUUCAUGUCUAGUAAACACAUCUUCGCCCUGUUCAGCACUGAGCAUAGGAACGUCUACAAGGAUUACCGUCAGCUGGAACUGGCCAGUGAGUCUCAGGAGGAGGUGGACGGGUGGAAAGCUUCUUUCCUACGAGCUGGAGUGUACCCUGAACGCAACGUGGAUAAAGAGAAGGCCGAGGUGGAGGAGUCCAGCUCUGAUGGACAGAUCCACAGUCUGGAUCCUCAGCUGGAACGACAGGUGGAGAUCGUGAGGAACCUGGUGGACUCGUACCUGUCCAUCAUCCACCGCACCGUCAGAGACCUCAUCCCCAAGGCCAUCAUGCACCUGAUGGUCAACAACACCAAGGAGUUCAUUCACGCCGACCUACUGGCUCAUCUGUACUCCUGUGGAGACCAGAACAGCCUCAUGGAGGAGUCCCAGGAACAGGCCCAGCACCGUGAUGAGAUGCUCCGGAUGUACCACGCCCUGCGGGAAGGCCUCGGCAUCAUCGGUGACAUCAGCACCUCCACCAUCACCACGGCGAUGCCGCCGCCCGUCGACGACUCCUGGCUGCAGGUGACGGGGAUGCCGUCCGGACGCAGGUCCCCCAUGUCCAGUCCGACCCCCCAGCGCCGGGCCCCUCCCGGUCCGCCUCGUCCAGGCGGUCGAGCUGCACCCGGACCCCCAGGUCGUCCGGCUGUGUCACCUGACCCCGGACCUCCCUCUAUCCCCUCGCGACCCAACAGGGCCCCCCCACCUGGAGUCCCCAGAAUCUCUAUCAGUGACCAGUGAGGAGUUCACCAAUGUCGUCCUAGUAAAGGUAGCCCCGCCCACGGAGAGAGCCCCCAGUCUUCUAUUGAGGGUUGACCUGUUUCUGCUGAUGCUGCCUUUCUGUCAACAAAAACAACAAUAACAAUAAUAAUAAUAAUAAUAAUAAAUGUGACUAUAUAGAAAACAUAGUGUGUGUCUCCUGCUGGAGGUGAGACAGGUCUACCUUCUGGUCUACCUUCUGGUCAUGGAUCAUUGUCACCAGGUCUGAGAUCAGAUCUUCAGCUUUGGGACAUGACGUCGUCUUUGUUGAAGUGACAGAACUUUUCUUUACAGUGUAAAGUUUGUUUAAUCAUCUAUUUAUGGAUUUAUUUCGUUUUUUUUGCUGUUCCUCAGAUCACUGUUGUAAAUUCUACCUUCCGUUCCCCAGUUGUAAUCAGCCCAGGCUGGUUCUGUUUGAUCUGGUUCUACCUGGUUCCAUCUGUUUUGUCUGGUUUGGAUCUGUCUUGUUCAGACUGGAGUCAACCAGUUGGUAUGAGUUGAAUCACUGGUCCCAGUAGACUCACUGGUUCCUACUGGUUCUGGAUGGAGUAUAGUUAGUUCUAAACAUUUCUCAACUAGCAAAGGGAGACCAACAGCAACCCUCUAAUAACCUGAAGGUGUUUGAUCUCUGAGUCUGUCUUCUUUUUGUUAUUUUUAUUUAAUGAAUGACUGGUGUAAUUAAUAUUUAAAUGUUAAAACAAACGUGGCCGUCGUAUAAAGCACAGUGUGUAGCAGUAGAAUGUGUCGUAGCCAGCCAUGUUCCUCAGUGUUUCUGGAUGUUUUCUGGAGUAUUUAUUCUCUGGUGCUGUGUGUUGUGAUUGGUGAUGAAGUUAUGAAGUGAUGAGGUGUCUGUUGUUGUUGUUUUGGUAGUUUUCCUCGUCUAGUGUCAGCAUGCCCACUCCACCUCACUGUUCUCUGAGAGUUCAUAUGAAUCUAUGUGAAGACGCUAAUUAAUCUUCCAGUUAUAUGUCAGAUAACGGUGUGCGUAGUGUUGUGUGUGUAUGUUAGUAUCACAUGAUCAGGGCCAACAGUGUCGACACGAAUAAAGUUUGUGUGAAUGAAUGAA